UGUGACCAAACACAUUAUGCGCUGUUGAUUGAUCGAACAAAAUGGCGUCUCAACAGAACGGGCAGAAUAAAACACUAACUUGACGUUAUUAGAGACUUUCACACGAGUAGCAUUCGAGACAUUAACACUCUACGGAUCACCAAACACACUGAACUGUAGAACUGAAACGAGGGUUUGAAAACUCGCCGUAAUUACCGAAACAAGUACUAUAUAAGUGGAGUGGAGGAAAGGAGAACGUAAAGACAACAUGGGGAUGCCAUUUAUUGCCCUGGAGAUGUUGCAGUCGGUAGUUCUCUUUGGGACACUGGCUGCCGGCUUUUUGGUGUUGCUAUUUUUGAUGCUGGAUAACUGCAAACAUACCGUGAUAACUGUAGUCAUAGUAACGACUGGCCUGGUGCACGAGUUGUACUGUGCAUCUGUGUUGGGGUAUUUCAAGCGUUUAAUGCAGAUAGAAAGUCUCAGACCAAAGGACGAUGGCUGUCGAGAUUUCUUUGUCCCAACGCUGAUUUCUAACGUCAUAUUUGUUACCAUCAUAACUACACAUGUUGUUCUUGCUGGAUCCUUCAUUAGGAAUAAAAGUACAGCAUACAAUUUGAUUGUUGUGCACGCAUUGCUUUCUGUUUCCUUGAUCAUUUGGCAAAACCCAGAAAAGUCUUUACACCAAACGGCCUCGAUGAAUUUAACAUCAGAUGUGCAGGUGUACUUCACUGUAUGCAGGAACAAUGUGGUCAAGAAUGCUUCACAUAUUUUGAUGGAAUACAUAUUGUACUAUCUUCCUCUUGUGUGCUUUUAUGUGUGGACAGCCAGGCAGUUAUCUACAGCUGAUACAGGUGUCUCCUUUUGGAACAUUGCCAUUCUGAAAUCCUGUGCCCACGAAAAUGCCACAUGCAGCCGUUGUUACAAAAUGAACUAUGCCUUCCAGAUCGUGCUGUUUUACAUCGGAGUGGGCGUGGUGAUAGCUCGGCCAUUACAACUGUUCUAUGGAGUCAUCCACAAUGAACCGGCAAUUGAUGUCAUUCCAAGCCUCAGUAACACUGUCGUGUAUUCCUUUUUAUCCCUGGAAUAUUUGACAGACUGUGCACAUCUGAAACAUAUUAACAUGCCACACUAAGUGGACUUUUGAGUUUUCAUUUGUAUAACAUAAAGUAUACAUCAAACUGUAGUAUACACAUGAAUAACAUAUUUUAUAUAAAACGUAUUUCAAUAUAGAAUU